AACGCUACAUCCAUUAAACCUAUGGAAAAUCUUGAUUUUGAUAUGAUGCCAGCUGUAGGCAUAAACAUAAUGGUGACGGGUUUGACCACUCAAACUGUUAAAAAUGUGGAUGGCGAAUCUGUUCUUGACUUUCACGUGGAAGAAAAUCUUGGAAAUAGAGAACCAAAGGAUUUUUGGUUAGAGAUGAGACAUAAUUCAAAUAUUAAUUAUUUGGCCAAUAAAACUAAUUCUAUUAAUCAAACAAUGAGAUCUACAAUGGCAAUUUUAACAGGCCUACUCUAUUAUCAAGAAUCCGUUGUAGAUACUAGUACAAGUGACGAAUCUACACCUGGGAAACAUAUCUUGAAAUUAGAUGAUAUAUCACUAAUUUCUAGCAACCGACCUAAUACAUCUGCUCAAUCUAUUAAUCUACCAUGGUUGAACCAAGAGUCAACAAGUUCAAGAAACACACCUCGUACACCAAGAGGAUCUACACCUCGUUCAAAAAGAGGUCGUGUUACACUUUCGCAGCUAUCACCCACUAGGAAGACUCGAAGCCAAUCACUAGCAUCUGCAUUACAAGAAAACCCCCUUCCAACCAUGACCCAAAAUGAAACCUCCAGUGAAACUUAAAUAAUAACAUUUAUUCUCUUUUUCUUUUUUUAAUAUAUAUAUAUAU